AUGGAUUUCUUGGAACCUAGAAAACAGAAAAAGCUCAUAACUCCAGGGCCCGUUGAAUCAAAAGAAGGAAUUCCUUAUGACUAUAUUGUAGUUAUAGACGCGGGAUCCAAAGGUUCAAGGGUAUAUGUUUAUAAUUGGUUGAACCCUGUGCAUAUUUUUCAGAACGAUGUAGAUUUAAAUGAUAUCGCCGAAAAUAAGGAGUUGAAGUUGGUCAGAAGGUUUUUCAUUGACAGCGUUGGUGGUAGGGAUAAUGACGAAGAUAGUGACCUGGAAAAUGAAGAUAAUGAGGAAAGUGACAAUACCGAUAAAGAGAAAGAGAAAGGAAAAGAGAAAGGUAAAGAUAAGGACAAAGAUAAUAAGAAGGGUAAAAGUGGAGAUAAAGAUAAAGAGAAAGAUAAACCGAAGGAACCGGAGAAAAUUUAUACUCGAAGAUUACCUUUGGUAGGAGCCAAAAAGAAGUGGAAUAAAAAGAUAAAACCAGGAAUCUCGUCCUUUAAUUCGAGUCCACAAAAAAUAGGCAAUCACCAUUUGAAGCACUUGCUUCAAUUAGCAAGUAUAGUGGUUCCUAAGUCCCAGCAUUCAAGAACACCCAUAUUUUUACAUUCGACCGGAGGUAUGAGACUAUUACCUCCUACCGAACAACAACAAAUUUUAGAAAAUAUCUGCAAAUAUAUCACACAUAAUUCAGAUUUCUUCAUCCCUGAAUGUUCUACGCACGUUAAUGUUAUAGAUGGAGAUAUUGAAGGCUUAUAUGGCUGGCUUUCUAUAAAUUAUUUGAUUGGUGCACUCGACAAUCCCCAGAAUCAUCAGCAUGGAAAGAACCAUACCACUUAUGGUCUUUUAGAUAUGGGAGGAGCUUCUACCCAAGUUGUUUUCCAGCCUAAUUCUACUGAGGUUCGGGAGCAUGAUAAUAACCUCUUCAAAGUAAAACUUGUCGAACUCCCUACACCGAUAUCAGACGAACAAGACAAAGAGCAAACGGGUAAAAAUGAAGAUAGUAUUGGCAGCUUCAAUACUCCGUCAGAUCUUAGUUUCGAUAUUUAUUCAGAUUCAUUCUUGGGAUUUGGAAUGUACCAGGCUCAUAAUAGGUAUUUGUCAUUUCUAACUGAAAAAUAUGCAGAAGAACAUGAAUUGAAUAAACCAACAUACUAUGGUAGUUCGCGUACUCCUGUUCCAGAUCCGUGCUUACCAAAAGGUUACACUACUAAAUCGGUUAUAAAUGAUGACUCCGUAAACUUCACGGGUGAGAGUGACUUUAAUAAGUGCUUAACAUCAAUUUUCCCUGUAUUGCGUAACAGCACACAUAAUACCGGCUCUGGAAAGAAUGAAAAUUGUAAAGAAUUUAAAGAUAGCGAUGAGUCAAGCUCGUGCUUGUUGAACGAUUUGAUUCCAGCAUUUGACUUCGAUGUGAAUCAUUUCGUGGGCGUAAGUGGAUAUUGGGAUGCAAUUACUAAUUUAUUGUCGUAUGACGAUAAGAGUACAAGAGAUUCAGCUCGGUCAUCUGAUAAAUCGGGAGGAAAAGAUGCGGCUGAUACUUAUGAUUAUAAGGUGAUAUACAACGCAACUUCCAAGUUAUGUUCCCAAUCUUUUAGUAGACUUAUCGAGUUGAAUAACGUAAAACCAGAGAAGAACCAAAUGACCGAAGAAGAGUUGUCCGACUUGUGUUUUAAAUCGUCUUGGAUUUUGAAUUUUUUGCAUCUAGGCUUAGGUUUUCCGAGAUUUGGUAUUGAUGAAUAUGCAACUGAAAAUAGUAGAUUCAAGUCAUUAGAAUUAGUUGAGAAAUUAGGCGGAUCUUCCUUUUCAUGGACCUUAGGAAGGGCCAUUCUUUAUGCAAAUGAUGAAUAUGUUCAAGCAUUUAAUAAUUUUACUGCUGAUACCAUUGGCUUAUCCGAAGAAGACCGCAUAACAAGCAAAAAUAAUAUACCAAGAUCCGGGUUUUAUCAUUCAGCAUCGUCCAGUGUGUUUCAUUUUGGUGCUGAACAAAGUGGGAUUUUCCCCAGACCUCAAUUUAGCCCUCCUAUCAAAAAUGCCAAAUACCCGAUUUUUGAUUAUGAAACGGAAUAUCAAUCAGAGUAUAAGGAAUCUAAAUGGUAUAUAGAGCCACAUCGUUGGUAUGGAUCGUUGGUUUUCAUGUCGUUAAUAGGCUUUAUAUUAUGGUUAUUGAUGGGUAAAAGUGGUAGAGCUGCCUUGUUUGAUAAUAUUAAAAACAAAAUUACUAACUUUUUUAAUUUGGUUAAGAAAGGCAGAACCGGCAAUAGCUCAUAUUUCAGGUUAAAUAAUGAUGCAGGGAAUGACGGUGACUUGGAGCUAGCAGACUUUGAGUUGAAUGGACUGAGCCAUAAUCAUCGGAGUGCUUCGGCUGAAGAAGCAGACCAUCAAUUUAAGAUAGAUAGUGAUGAAGAUUGA